GGAGAGACUCGAUGAUAUAAAAGUUCUGCACACGUUUUUGCCACAUAAUUCAUUUACAACUCACCAGAAGCUAAAAAUAGAACGGUUCUGAACUCCUGAAUAUUUUACUCGUGUGUUAAUCCCAGCAGGAACUCGAAGAUAAAAAAAAUCAGAAGUAUAUGGCUCCGAAUUCUCGGUCCUGUAUAUUAUUAAAUCUUUGUGAAACCGUUAUAACUUUAAUCAGGUUACCACUAGUGCAAGUAUGCUCUGAUCUGACACUCUUGAGUAUGAACAUAAAUCCUCAAUAUAUUGUCUGAUUUAUAUUGAAAUAGAACUGUCACACUUGGUCAUUUGCAAGACAGUAGCAUUAUAUUGCUUGAUUUCAGGCAUUUAGACAGAAGAAUUACUAGUAGUUUGAUUUUAUGGUUUUUAAAAUCAUAGUUGUCGGAGAGCACUGUAAAAUUAUAUUGUUUGACAAUGUAAGUCUAGUGUACAUAUACUUCAAUCAACAGACUGGUACUAAUUAGGCAUAUAGUUCAGUGUGAGGUGCAUUAACAAACAGUUUACGCUUACAUUUCUUCAGUUACAUUGUAUCUCAUUUGUGCAUCCAGUCCCCUCAGUUACAUUAGAGAUUUGAGUUUCUUUAAUCUGCUAAAUAGAUUUUAAAAUAGCCUUACCUGCUAUUGUUUGUAGUUUGAAGCAUUAAACUCUUUUCUACAAGAACUUCACCAGAUAAUAUUGUACUUUUUGUUCUUCUAUAGUACGUCAGAGGCAGAAAUUCGAAAUUAACCUACCUGCUAUUUUUAGGAGCAGGAAGGCAAUCUUCCAGCUAAACAGUAAAUUGUCUUCCAGCUAUGUAGCUAGUAGCCGGGAACAAAAUCUUCAUCUCAGCCGUUGCAGCAAAAAGUAGCCGGAAGCUGAUGUCUGGUUAAAAUGUCCCUGGCCAUCAAUGACCAGGGACCAGGACGCAAUAAAUAUUAGCUUUACUUUGUUAUUGUGUAUUGUAGUUGAAAGUAUAAUACACCCUCAUGUAAUUGAAUUAUCUGUGUAGCUUUACAGGGGUUGUUAAAGAUACGAGUUUUGCUAGUGCUAAACUAAAUUGUGAUUUUGCUAGGUAAUCUAUAAUAUUUAGUGUUGAUCAAGAGCGUUGUUAUGAUAGGCCUGGAUGGCUGAUUAAAUUUUGUUUUGAUCAUUGGGUGUUGCUUUUGACCUUGUCCUUUGUGUAUGCUAUAUUAGCAUGCCUGCUUAUGCUGUUCAGCUAAUGUGCAUGGUGCAAUUUGUGAGAAUUUCUAUAUAUGCGAGACCUCUGUUGACUUUUGCAUUUUUACUUGAAACCAAUUUCUUAGAUGGCAAGUAGUAUCACUGAUGAGCUCUAUUCCGACAUUUUGGAGCAGUCAAGUGCUGUGAUGGGUUCGAAGUCGACUUCUGUAGCUAAUCAUUUGAAUUCAAGUGAUUGUCUGGGAGAUGUGUUGUGGAAUGAAGAUGGAUCGUCAUGGAAUGGUUCUGACAACGAUGUAGAAAAACCAUCUGAUAUGGAUAGGGAAUGGUGGAGGAGGAGAGACCAAUUCCAUACAAUAGGGUACAGAGAUGGUCUCAUUGCUGGGAAAGAAGCUUCUGCACAAGAAGGAUUCAAUACUGGCUUCAGUGAAUCCGUGUUUGUUGGAUACAAGUGGGGUCUUGUUAGAGGUGUAACCAGUGCUCUAGCUAGCCUUCCUGGUGCAGCAGGGAAAAUGUUGGUAAAAUCCGAGGAAAAGCAAAAUAAAUUUCUUCAACUGCACAAGUCUGUCGAUUCUAUAUCUACCUCUGAUGCACUAAAGCUCUUCCGUGAUGAUAAGUGCAACAAAUUGGAGAAAGAAAGAGCGCCUGCCGUGCCCACUUCACAAAAGGACAAAGAGCCUGUUGCAGGUUCAAAUGACAACCUCUUAGAAACUCUUUUUGAAGAUAUUGAGGCACUAAUUUUUGGAUCUCCUGCUUUAGAAGUAAAUCUUGAGACAUCCAAGUAGAUACUUUGUAGCUCUUCAUAGUACUGUACAAAUUGGGUUUGGGUUGAUGUUUUUUUAAUAUAUUCAUGGCUUGUUGAAUAUGUUGUAUUUGAACAGUCAAAUUUUCGAUGUUCGCCUAGAGCAUAUAAUUCAAUAUAUACAUAUUGAAGUGUAGGCUAUUUAUGGUUCAAAA